CGGGAGGAGAAGAGCAUGAAGCCAGCCAAGCAGCAGGUGACCCAGGACUCACCUGGUGAUAAUAACCCAUCUCCUCUGAGCCCCCUGCAGGCAACUUUGAAUUCUGCAACUACAGCAUCACAAGCUUAUGAGACCUACAUCGAUAAUGGGCUUAUCUGCCUAAAACACAAGAUCAGGAACAUUGAAAAAAAGAAGCUCAAACUAGAAGACUACAAAGAUCGCUUGAAAAGGGGGGAGUCUCUCAAUCAGGAUCAGUUGGAAGCAGUGGAAAAAUAUGAUGAAGUGAUUCAUAACUUGGAGUUCGCUAAAGAACUUCAGAAGACAUUUUCCGGGCUUAGUCAAGAUCUGCUGAAAGCACAGAGGAAGGCUCAGAGAAGGGAGAAUAUAAUGAAGCUUGAAGCAGAGAAGAAGAAGCUCCGCACAGUGCUGCAGGUCCAGUACGUGCUGCAGAAUUUCACUCAAGAACAUGUGCAGAAAGACUUCAGAACUGGCUUGAAUGGUGCGAUCUACUUGCCUUCUAAAGAACUAGACUACCUCAUUAAGUUUGCAAAACUGACAUGUCCAGAAAGAAGUGAGACCCUUAGUGUUGAAGACCAAAUGGAACAAUCAUCCCUCUACUUCUGGGACCUACUGGAAGGCAGUGAAAAGAUAGUGGUUGGGACAACUUAUAAGCACCUGAAGGAUCUGUUAUCAAAGCUGCUAGAGUCUGGUUACUUUGAAAACAUUCCUGUUCCUUGUAAUGUACCGGAAAAAGAAGAAUUGAAAGAAGAAAUGCCUAGAAGACCUGAAAAAAUAAGACAGCUGUCAAAACCAGAGUCUGUCAAAGAACUAGAACCUCAAAUGAAUUGUGCUCAGUCCGAGAUACAGUCCCAAGAGUUUCUUAAUAGGCGCUACUUGCCUGAAGCUGACUACUCCAUCAAGAAGGCUGAAGAACCAAAACCUUGGGAAGUGGAACUCAGUAAAAAGAAAAACCCUUCCCCGUCCUGGGAAACUCUUGUUGAUAUGGAAGAACAGGAGCAGAAGAAGCAAAACCAAGAAUCUCUAAAGCCUCUGGAAUCCAUAAGGCAGCAGGGGAAGAAGCCAGAACUUUUAAGGCCUUGGGAAAUUAAAGAAGAUGAUCCCAAGCGAGAAGUUCCAAAGCCUUGGUUAGCACUGAUUAGGGAUCAGCAGGAUUCUCCCAAAUCUUGGACAAGCAAACUUAAAGAGGAGCCAGAGGAAAAGCAGGAGCUGGGGAAAACUUGGGUUACUCAAACAAGGGAGGAAACUGUACCGAAGUUGGAACCUGUGAAACCUUGGGGUGCAUGUGUUAAAGAAGAGGUGGAGCAACAGAAACAGAACCCUCGAAAGCCUUGGGUAGCGCACAUCGGAGAUGAGAUGGAACCAAAAACACAAUCCCCAAAGACCUGGGUCACUCCUGAGGGGCCUCAGCAGACACAGCCCCUCAAGGUCUGGGGAGCCACAAAUCUUGUGCUAAAGGAGCCGUCCGGGCCCAAACUUGACUUGGAACCCAAAGAUGAUGGAAAAACAGAUGGAGUAAGUGGACAAGGCAUUGAAGCUGUAAGGAAAAAAAAGAGCCUUCAGUCAGUUGGGGAAUCCUGUAAACUGCCUAGGAGCCUUCCAAGCAUCAUGCAGGUGCCAAAGCCUGUACCUCAGCCAGCUACAGAAUUCUGCUCUACUUCUAGUCUUCCAAAGGAUCCAGUACUAAGAAGGGAAAAACUAAAGGAUCUUAUGACUCAAAUACAAGGGACCUACAACUUCAUGCAAGAGUCUCUCUUGGAUUUUGAUAAACCCUCACAAAGUGCCAUUUGUUCAUCACAAGCACCUCCAAUUGAUUCUGCAGCCAAUUCUAGUGCUUGUAAAGAUCAAAAGCCUUCAAGUCAGAAUAACUUCCCUGAGCAAUCAGUGCAGGCUGCUGCUUCUCCUGUGACUGUGCAUGAAUCAAGCACUUCCUUAGCUUCUGACCAUACAGUGUCUGGGUCUGGAUCGGAAACUGAACUCAGAACACCAGAGGGACCACAGGCACCUAUUCCUCUUUCAAGUGAAUCACAGAUACCACUGACACAGUCGCCAGUACCUCAAGUGGAAGUUUUACAGUCUCCUCCAGCAAGCGGCAGUUCUGUUACCGUCAAAGCUGCUCCCUUUCAGGCUGUGCAGACAGUGUUCAAAGUGAAUGCACCUUUACCUCCUCGUAGAGAGCAGGAUACGAAAGAGAACUCUCCACAUCCUGAAGGAUAUGUCCAGAACUUCUCUACAGCAAGUACACAGACUCCACUCCAAUGUAAAUUACAGUCUACUCAAAAUACUGAACAAACCACUUUUUCUCAAGAAUCCUUGCCAAAUGCAGCUAUUUACCAUGCUGAAGGAACAGUUCCUGUAAGCAACGGUAGCCUCACCUUUUAUGCAGCGCAGACAACAGCUUUCCCCAGACCACCUCAACCAUUUGUUACAACGCGUGGGUCAGUCAGAGGCACCCUCCGAGGUACAAGAUCAAUUUCCAACACUUACCGCUCUCCUAGUGGCUAUAAAGGAGGUUUUGAAGCCUACAGGGGGUCUCCUUCCAUGUCUAAUGGCAGCUAUGGCCAGUUGCAGCUGCCUGGCAGAGAUUAUCCUGCCGUGCAAUAUCCUCAGCGGGACGUGAAUUACCAACAGAAUUAUAAGCGAGGCGGCAUUCAUAGUGGGCGAGCAAACUCGAGAGCAGGGUGGAGCGAUUCUUCUCAGGUGAGCAGCCCAGAACGUGACAAUGAGACCUUUAACAGUGGGGACUCUGGGCAGGGUGACUCCCGCAGCAUCACUCCUGUCGAUAUGCCAGUGACGAGCCAAGCAGCCACCAUACUACCUGUUCACGUCUACCCCCUUCCGCAGCAGAUGAAAGUGGCUUUUUCUGCUGCUAGAACUUCUAACUUGGCUCCUGGAACUCUAGAUCAGCCCAUAGUGUUUGACCUGCUGUUGAACAACCUUGGUGAAACCUUCGAUAUCCAACUUGGUAGAUUCAAUUGUCCAGUGAAUGGUACCUAUGUCUUCAUCUUCCACAUGCUGAAAUUGGCUGUGAAUGUUCCCCUGUAUGUGAACCUCAUGAAAAACGAAGAGGUUCUCGUAUCUGCGUAUGCCAAUGAUGGGGCCCCAGAUCAUGAGACUGCUAGUAACCAUGCAGUCCUUCAGCUUUUUCAAGGAGACCAGAUUUGGCUACGCCUUCAUAGAGGAGCUAUUUAUGGAAGUAGUUGGAAAUACUCUACCUUCUCAGGAUACCUCCUAUAUCAAGACUGA